CGGCGCUGCCGUAGCUGCCCCCGGUUUGUGGCGUCCAAGGAGUCGCGACGGUUUCCGCCCUCGGGUCGUAGGGACGGCAAUGCUUGGCUGAUCCCUGCAGCGGCCCGUAGCCUGGUGUUAGGCAUCCGUUCAGGACCGGGGCUGUUGCUGUCACGGUGGGUUCAGGGGAGUCCUGGUGACCUCGCUGCAGUCUUCUGCGUUGGCAGCGCUCGCCGAAGGAGAAGGAGGAGGGCAUAGGGCCUCCCCGAUCUUCUGGACCUGCGGAGUUCAUGAGGCCUCCGAGGAUCUUGGCAGAGCUACACCUUUGAGGGGCUGCAGGAGUUCGAGUUCUCUGGAUUGUGAGUGGCAGCCUUCUAUCCCUGAGAGCGCAAAGAAGACUGCAAGGAAUUUGCUUUCUCUUCCCGAGGCUUGGCUUCCCCUCCUUGAUUACCCCACCAUUCUUUGCCAUUUCUUCUCAAAUGUUCUCUCCAUAUAUCUGUAAAUAUGAUCAGCGCCCCUGACGUGGUGGCCUUCACCAAAGAGGACGAGUACGAGGAGGAGCCUUACAAUGAGCCGGCUCUGCCGGAGGAGUACUCGGUGCCACUCUUCCCCUUCGCAAGCCAAGGAGCUAACCCGUGGUCCAAACUGUCCGGAGCCAAGUUCUCUCGGGACUUCAUCCUUAUUUCCGAGUUCUCAGAGCAAGUGGGACCCCAGCCCUUGCUGACUAUCCCCAAUGACACCAAAGUUUUCGGUACUUUUGAUCUCAAUUACUUCUCCUUGCGGAUCAUGUCUGUGGAUUACCAGGCUUCCUUUGUGGGCCAUCCCCCUGGCUCUGCUUACCCCAAGCUGAACUUCGUGGAGGACUCCAAGGUGGUGCUGGGAGAUUCCAAAGAGGGAGCCUUUGCAUAUGUGCACCACCUUACCCUGUACGACCUGGAGGCCCGUGGCUUCGUGAGGCCAUUUUGCAUGGCUUAUAUCUCCGCCGACCAGCACAAAAUUAUGCAGCAGUUCCAGGAGCUUUCAGCUGAGUUUUCCAAAGCUUCUGAGUGCUUGAAGACAGGCAACAGGAAGGCCUUUGCUGGAGAACUUGAAAAAAAACUGAAAGACUUGGAUUACACCAGGACAGUGCUGCACACUGAAACAGAGAUCCAGAAGAAAGCCAAUGACAAAGGCUUUUACUCAUCUCAGGCAAUUGAGAAAGCCAAUGAACUGGCUAGUGUAGAGAAAUCCAUCAUUGAACACCAAGACCUGCUGAAGCAGAUCCGCUCAUACCCUCAUCGGAAGUUGAAGGGGUUCGAUUUGUGUUCUGGGGAGAUGGAGCACACCCAGGAUCAGCCUGACCAGGCAGCCACUACCUCUAACCCUGAUGAGUAUACCAACACAGACCUUUACACCUGCAGACCCACCUACACCCCAAAACUCAUCAAAGCAAAGUCCACCAAGUGUUUUGACAAGAAGUUGAAGACCUUGGAAGAGCUCUGUGACACUGAGUAUUUCACCCAGACCCUGGCUCAGCUCAGCCACAUUGAGCACAUGUUCAGAGGGGACCUGUGCUAUCUCCUUACCAGCCAGAUUGACAGAGCACUACUGAAGCAACAGCACAUAACGAACUUUCUCUUUGAAGACUUUGUGGAGGUUGAUGAUAGGGUGGUAGAAAAACAAGAAAGUGUACGUCCUAAGCCCAGUCAACACAGGCCACCUUCCAGGUCUCUAGAAGAAUGUCCGAUUCCUCAAGUGUUAAUUAGCGUUGGCUCUUACAAGUCCAGUGUGGAGUCUGUGCUGAUCAAGAUGGAUCAGGAACUUGGAGAUGAGGAGUAUAAGGAAGUGGAGGUGACAGAAUUGAGCAGUUUUGAGCCCCAGGAAAACUUGGACUACCUGGAUAUGGAUAUGAAAGGGAGUAUCAGCAGUGGUGAAAGCAUUGAGGUUCUAGGCACAGAAAAGUCCACCUCUUUGCUGUCUAAGUCUGAUAGCCAGGCCAGCCUCACGGUGUCUUUGAGCCCCCAGGUGGUCCGGAGCAAAGCGGUCAGCCACAGGACCAUCAGUGAGGACAGUAUUGAAGUCCUCAGCACCUGCCCCUCUGAGGCACUCAUCCCUGAUGACUUUAAGGCCAGCUACCCAAGUGCCAUUAAUGAAGAAGAAUCAUAUGCAGAUGAUAGUGAGGGAGCCAUCCACUUUCAAGCAAGCAUCAGCCCACCAGAGCUAGGUGAAGCAGAAGAGGGCAGUUUAGAAAACACCUUAUCACAGACAGACUCCUGCUGCAUUGGUAAGGAGAGUGACAGUCUGCGGGUGCCGCUCUCCAGUCCAAUCCACACACACUCUGACGAAGAUGGGGUAGUGAGCAUACCCCCUCAGCGCUACAAGCAGAAGGACCAGGAGUUCCAUGUGGAUUUUGCAGUAGAAAACGUCAACCCUUCUUCCCGAGACAACGUUUCUGAAGGCUUCCCUGUUUAUGAGCUGGACCCUAGGCACCUGCUGGCUAGCCGGGACGUCAGUAGGACCAGUCUGGACAACUACUCAGACACCACCAGCUUUGUGAGCAGUGUAGCCUCCACCAGCUCAGACAGGACUCCCUCUUCUGCUUAUCCUGCCGGCCCCUCUUCCGAGAGGCAUAAAAAGAGGGCUGGCCAGAAUGCCUUAAAAUUCAUCCGCCAGUACCCUUUUGCCCACCCAGCCAUCUAUUCCCUGCUCAGCGGGAGGACACUCGUGGUUCUGGGGGAGGACGAGGCCAUAGUCAGGAAGCUUGUGACAGCAUUGUCCAUCUUCGUCCCCAACUACAGUCGCUGUGCCAAACCCGUGAAGCACUGGGUCUCCUCCCCUUUGCACAUUAUGGAUUUUCAGAAGUGGAAGCUCAUUGGCCUGCAGAGAGUGGUGUCCCCUUCCAGUGCUGGCACACUCCACGCUCUGAGCCGCUACAGCCGCUACACGAGCAUCUUGGACCUGGACAACAAAACUCUGCGCUGCCCUCUCUACAGAGGCACACUCGUGCCCCGGCUGGCAGACCACCGUACCCAAAUCAAACGGGGCAGCACCUACUACUUGCACAUCCAGAGCAUGCUUACCCAGCUGUGUUCCAAGGCUUUCCUCUAUACCUUCUGCCACCACCUGCACCUGCCUGCCCAUGACAAGGAGACAGAGGAGUUGGUUGCCAGCCGGCAGGCAAGCUUCUUGAAGCUGAAUCUGGGUCUAGUGAAUGAAGAUGUCAAGGUGGUCCAGUACCUGGCUGAGCUACUGAAGCUGUACUAUAUGCAGGAGUCUCCUGGGACCAGCCACCCCAUGCUCAGGUUUGACUAUGUCCCUAGUUUUUUAUACAAAAUAUGAGGUCAGGCCCAGCCACUGUGACCAAGACCUGUGAUUCAGGGCAUGGGGAAGAAAAGUGUUGGCAUGACCAAGCAGUUCUCUGAGCUGUGUAGACUUCUGGUGUCAUAGGUGGGAAUGAAGCAAGGUGGCAGCUGUGGUUCCCACGUGGUUCUAGGCAGCUUGCAAAUUGGACUUGAGCAGAGCGGGGAGCCUGGCUCUCUGAAGGCAUCUGGAAAGACAGUAACAUCUCCUUUGUCUCCCUGGUGAAGUGGCCCCAGGAUCGGGAGAGGCCUCUUGGUUUCCCAAGGGCUGGUGGCCACAGCAGAGGAAAGCCUCAGUGGGGUGGGAUGAUGGGCAGGAAGGUGAAGCCCUAAUGGGAGGAACAUGGUGACUACAUUCAGCUCUGCUGAAAACUUCAGCAGCAAAAUCAAGUGAAGCAGCCUGUUAACUGGAAUGACUUGGUGGAAAACAGGAUGAUAGAACAUCCAUUGCCUCAUUCAGAUCCCAGCUGAAUGGCCUGGAGCCCAUCAUCCCAAGGGAGGCCCCUGAAUGAGUGAGGUGGAGAGGAGAAAGCUCUGUCCCAACUGGGUGGUGGAAAACACAAAAAUGCUGAAUGGAGAGUGAGCCAGCACCCUGUGCCUAUACAUACUUCCUCACCAGGCACAGAAGUACCUAUGGAUGGGCCUUGGAAAUUGGAACCCACAGGUCAGCAGAAGUGACUGGAGUAGUCACUAGUCCCCAGUUGUCAGUGAGAAUGCUCUCAGAGGUAGACAGCCCAGGAGACAGGCAGAACCAAGGUGCCAUGAGGCCAUCACCACUGUGCAAGUGAUGAAGAGCCAGCAGGCUUUCUGGGGCCUGGUCAACCAGCCAUUCUGGCCAGGGUGAGUUAGCACUGUCCUCUUGAGGAAGGUCUGUAGCUAUAUGUUGGAACUUGGUAGGGGUCACACCUUAGUCGACUCUCUCACCCAAAGCAAACCUUUGCAACCACUUCACUACCUCUGGUGGGGUCUCAUAGGCACUGUGACAGUAGAGUUCUGUUCAGCUGGCUGGUCUGGGUGGGCAGUCCAGCUGGUGAUAACUCAUGGCAGGGAUUUUCUUCAAGAAAGAGGAAAGUUUUCUUGUGUGGCUGUCUUUGUAGAUCUGCUCUGGGAGGCUGUGCAGGCCUGGAGUAUGCACACCUCACGGCAGCUCACUCCAGUCCCCACAGAAUCUCCCAAGUAUACUCAGCUCACUACAGCUCACUUCCACCCUUAUGUGAGUAACCCGAAGUGCACUCACCUCACGGCAGCUCACUCCCACCCUCAUGAAGCCUCCUAAUAUGCUCACCUCAUCGCAGCUUACUCCCACUGCCACUGGGUCCCCCUUAGUUGGCUCACAUUACCACAGCUUUCUCCCACUCUUAUGUGAGUCCCCCAGCUUUUUCAGAAGAUGCUCCCUGGUUCACCCACUAUGAUCUCUGAGGCUUCUUACACAAUUGCCACUGGUAUGUAGAUGGUUUCUUGCAACCUUGAAAAUUUUAUACUUUUUUUUAAAGCUGUUUUUCCCACUAAGUAGGGAGAACUCUUGGUAUUACUGCUUUUUAAUUUGUUCCCAGAAAAUUGUGAUAAAACAGACCUGAGCCAGCCACAAGUGGUACUCCUGAGCACAUGUGUGCAUAUCUGUUGGGGCCAUGUUCUGUGUAGUUGGCGUCCUGCUAUUGAGAACUGGUCUACCCAUCAGCUUUGAGGCACAUUAUUGAAGUCAGAGGAGAGGCAGAGACCCCUGGUGACUAACGAGAGUUUGUGUCACAUCACUCCUGUGGUCCCUUCCUUGCCCAGGUCCUCUGCAAGAAUAUGGCCUGUUGGCUCUUACCCAUCAGCUUCUGGUCAAGGUCCCCAUUCCUCUCAUAGCAGGGAUUUCCUCCAGGAAAGAAGAAAUCCUUCUUGUGUGGUUAUCUUUGUGUAUGUGCUUUUGCUUCUCAGGCUGUGACCGAGAACCUUUUAUGGCAGAUGGUGCUGCUUACAUGUCAUCACUUUUUCUUGUACCUGUGCCCAUUGCACAUAUUCACACAGUCAAGUCUCCAGGAACAUCUUGGCACCUGUGAAAUGUGAAGUGUGUUUGCCAGUGGGGGAAGCUGAAUAGGAAUCCUGUUUUUCUGUGUGAGCUCACCUUGUGUUACCAUCUUCCCUCUCUGGUCUUGUACAAGAUGCUUUGUUUUCUAACUGGGUGGCUAAUUGUUGUCUACUUAGUCCUCCAGGGACAUGAGCUUAUGACAUUUUGUUUCCAAGGGAGUAAAGGUCUUUGGGGUCCCAGUGACAAGAUGGAAAGUGAUCAUUGACACCACCAUAGCUACUUGUUCUUGUGUUUCACACUGACAUAGACUCUGCAGUUAACACUUCUCAUCUUGGAAACUGAUACAGGCAGUUCAGUUAGACUUGGCCUUCUAGAAGUAUAAGCAACACACUACCAUGGACCUUGCUUUGAAAAGUGUUUGCUCAGAAGCUCUGCCUCAAGGAUGAUUCUGAAGGCCCUGAGGAUUCUAAGGUGAGACCAGUUGGAUGUGAACAGAACAGACUGCCCUGCAGGGCCAGCUACAGAAAGAGCAAAUGGGGAGCGUCUCACUGGAGUUGUUUCUUCAUGAGGAAGACAAGUUGGCUUCACUGACUAGUGAGUGAACUCCAGGAUUUAAAGUUUGGUUAAAAUCUAAUUUUCAGUGUGGCAGUUUCAAAGGAUUGCUUAAAGCCAAGUACAUUUCUUUUCAAAGGGAUCUUGAAGUGGUAUUUGGACUGAGGCAGUUUGGCAGAGGCAGUUGAGACUGUGAAGCUGUCCUUCCGUAGCCCCACUCCACUUUGGAGAACUGGAACCUACUAGAAGAUACAUCUAUAAAUCUUAAUGGUGGGGAGCCCUAUGCAAUGGGACUAAUCUCUUCAAGAAUUUUCAUUUGAGGUUUUCCUCUAGUAAUAGGUCAGUAAGUGUUGUUAAAACAUUUAAAAACACUUACCAGAAAAUAAAGGACAUCAGUACCCCUUA